AUAAAAGAUAGAGUAAAUUAUUCAAGUUAAAAGUCUCGAUAAUUUCACAAUUAUAAUCUUAGAAUAUUUCAAUUUUAUAUCAAACAGCCCCUUAAAUUUAUAUAAUUGUGUAAAAUCAUUUAGUUAAACUUUUAAGAAGAAAAUCUCUUAAAUCCCUCACAAUUGCUUUUACAAUUUUUUGUUUUUUAAAACUAACGAAAUUACAAUAAUAAUAAUAAUCUAAUUAACCAAAUCCUAUUUUACCGCCCCCGAGGAAACAGUAUAUAAUAAGGCGGAAAAUGAAAUGAAUUUAGUCCUUCAACGUUGAAUCAAUUUUGCAGUUAGUUUGUGUGUUGAAAGUAAUGGAAGAUACCUCCUCAUCAUCAUCCAACAAUGUUACAGUUUCCGGGGCGGCAAAAUAUCUAACGGGGCUUCCUUCUCGGGGCCUCUUCUCCUCCACCAUCCUCUCCUCUAAUCCCGGUGGAAUGCGAGUAUAUGUCUGCGAACACGAAACUUCACCUCCGGAGGACCAGCUUAUUAAGACAAACCAGCAAAACAUACUGAUUAGGUCUCUCAUGCUUAAGAAGCAAAGAGGUGACUAUAAUUCAAAAGACGGGAAGGGAAUUUCCUCAAAUGACAAUGGUAGAAAAAGAGCUGCUGAAAAAGCAUUGGAUGGUAGGGUAUCAACCAAGAAGGCUACCACCAGUAAACAAGUUGCCUCUACGCAAGAAACUUCGAAAACUCGUACGCCUGACAUACACAAUAUGACUGUUGAGAGGUUACGGGCUCUGUUAAAGGAGAAAGGUCUUUCACUGAGAGGAAGGAAGGAUGAACUAAUUGCACGGUUAAGGGGAACACAUGACUAAGCAUAUUCCAAGAGUUUGAGGCGGCUGAUUCCAAAAUCCUUUUUGUACACCAAGCAGGCUCGGCGAAGUAGGCUUUUGCUUCUCUAUUGUUCAUGCUUUACAACUAGUUAAAAGAGUCAGCUUAUGGCCUUACAACUCUUGUGUGUUUCUGUGUUCUUGUUGUAUGCUGUAGCAUUUUGUUAAACUGCGAUGGCACACUACACUUGUGCCUUAAUAGUUGAUACAAUGUACUUCUAAUUAUGCGAAAUAGUGCAUGUCGAUGUCUUGCUACCAUCUGCAAAUUCGCAAUGAAACUGCUCUUUCAAAA